AUGGGUGGCAUAGGUAAGACAACCCUUGCUAAGCUUGUUUGUGAUAGAAUCUUUCAUCAUUUUGAAGUUCACUGCUUUCUCGGCAACGUUAGAGAGGUUUCUAACGUUGAUCUUCAAAAAAGACUUCUUUUCCCGGUGUUGAGGGAAAAGAUUGAAGAAAUUUGGGACGAAGAGCGUAGAAUUAUUUUCACUAAGAAGUUCUUACGCAACAAAAAGGUUCUUCGUGUACUUGAUGAUGUGGAUCACAUAAACCAGCUACAAGUACUAGCUGGAAAGGAAGAUUGGUUUGGCAUGGGAAGUCGAAUUAUCAUUACAACUAGAAAUGAACGUCUGCUAGUCCAGCAUGACGUAACAUUAUGUCAUCAUGUCAAAAUGUUGGAUAAAGGCGCAGCUCUUGAACUGUUUAGCCUACAUGCCUUUAAGAAAAAUAUGCCUGAGGAUGGGUUUUGGGAACUGUCAACGUAUUUCAUUAAUUAUGCUGGAGGCCUUCCAUUAGCUCUUGAAACUUUGGGGUCGGCAUUGUUUAAGAGAAGGCUAGACACUUGGAAUAGUGUGUGGGAUAAUCUGUCAAAAAUUCCUAAUCCAACAAUUUUUGAUAAACUUAAAAUAAGUUAUGAUGGACUAGAAGAGUGGGAGAAGAGAAUUUUUCUCGAUGUUGCAUGUUUUCACAAAGGGAAGUACACAAAGCGAGUAAUUGAAAUGCUAGAUGAUUCUUUUGGAAUAUCUAGUAGUAUUAUGAUAGAUGUACUAAUUGAGAGAUCUCUCAUCUAUCAAGAUCAUAGAAAAUGCAUAUGGAUGCAUGAUUUGAUUCCAGAAAUGGCAUGGAUAGUUAUUGCUCACGAGUCUAAAGAGCCUAGUCAACGCAGUAGUUUAUGGCUUUACAAUGAUAUUUAUCAUGUAUUCAGAACGAAUACGGGAACAAGAACAUUUGAAGCCAUAUCCUUACGCCAGCUCAAAGUAGAAGAGAAUUUAGUUGAGACUCACCCGUCUAUUGCAGUCCUCAAAAGACUUAAGGAUUUGAACCUUCGUAACUGUGAAAGCAUUAAUACCCUCCCAAGUAAGGUUGAAAUGGAUUAUCUUGAAUAUUUCUGUCUUUAUGGCUGCUCAAAUGUGAAAAAUAUUCCAGAAUUUGGGGAGCAGAUGAAGAAUGUGUCCUGGAUUUCCUUAAGUGGGACUGCGAUCGAGAAAAUACCUUCAUCAAUUGGACAUUUGGUUGGCCUCAGGGAAUUGCAUGUAAGGAAUUGCAAAAAUCUCUUGAACCUUCCAAGGGCAAUUUGUAAUUUGAAGUCUCUUGAAGGGCUCUAUGUGAAUCAAUGCUCAAAGAUUGACAAACUCACUGGAGACAUGGAUCGCUUAGAGGCGCUUCGUUGGGGACCCACUAUGACACAGCCGCUUGUGAGUAUGAAAAAUCUCAAAAGUCUAGUAUUUAAGACAAAUUCUGACAUAGCCACUUGUGGAUCGGAUGGUAAAGCAAGGGAUGGGUGGGGCCUUCGCCGCUUAUUUGGACUUCAAAAGAGUCACCCUGAUCCUCCUCCUUGUUGGGGUUUGGUGUUGUCUUCUCUAAAUCGUUUAUGCAACUUGAGGAGGUUAGAGCUAAAGAAUUGUCCAUCCAAUUUUUAUGGUGGUUCUGUCACUUGCCAGAAUUGCAUUGCAUUGGUUCAAGAUGAAGACUUGAGUAAUAGGAUUCUAAAAUCUGUCAUUCAGGGAUUGGAAAUUGUAAUCCCUGGAAGUGAAAUUCCAAAGUGGUUCAAUAAUCAGAGUGUGAGACAUUCAAUAAAUGUGGAGCUUCCUCCACUAUCAUGUACCAACUGGCUUGGGAUUGCCUUAUGUGCUGUUUCUCUAGACCCAAACCCUAUACAAAAUGUGGAGCUUCCUUAUUGCUUUAGUUUUAGAAUUCACCGUUCAGGGAAACUUGUUAGCCCUGAAAUACUUGGCCCAGAAUACAAUUGGAAUACCUUACCGUCUCUUGUGUCAGAAAACCUUUCGGAACAGUUUUUAUUUGGAGUUAUCUUUGGUAAUGUGUAUGGGAGAGACCUAAAAGCAGGCUUGGAUAAGGUGAAGAAGUGUGGGGCUCGUUUGGUGUACAAGCAAGAUUUGAAAGAACUCAAUCAAAAACAUGGGGCUCGUUUGGUGUACGAGCAAGAUUUGAAAGAACUCAAUAAAAAACUACUGAAACGAACACAUGAAAUUCGUGACGAGGUAGCUCCAAGUGGACCUGGAAGUGCUAGCUUCAACCACACAGAACAUAUUCGCAAAAGGCGUUGUAACUAG